CCCCUGGAGCACUUCCUGCAGAGGAUGGCCCGGAGACCCCGGCCCCAGCAGUUCUUCGGCCUGAUGGGCAAGCGGGACGCGGGAUAUGGCCAGAUCUCUCACAAAAGGCAUAAAACGGACUCCUUUGUUGGACUUAUGGGCAAAAGAUCUUUAAAUUCUGGAUCCUCUGAAAGGAGCAUAGCACAGAAUUACGAACGGAGGCGUAAAUGA